AGAUGCGCGGCGCGCUGCUGUUGCGCGCCUGGCUGGCGGCGGCGACGGCCUACCUGGCCGGGCCGGCGGCGGGCUGCCCGGCGCCGUGCGCCUGCGUGGACAAGUACGCGCAGCAGUUCGCCGACUGCGCCUACAAGGACCUGGAAGCGGUGCCGGCGGGGCUGCCGUCUAACGUGACCACCCUCAGCCUGUCGGCCAACAAGAUCGCCGCCCUGCGCCGCGGCUCCUUCGCCGAGGUGACGCAGGUGACCUCCCUGUGGCUGGCCCACAACCGGAUCGGGGCCGUGGAGGAGGGCACGCUGGCCAUCCUGGGGCAGCUGAAGAACCUGGACGUGAGCCACAACCAAAUCGAGGCCUUCCCCUGGGGGGACCUGCGCAACCUGAGCGCCCUGCAGCUGCUCAAGAUGAACAACAACCGCAUGGCCCACCUGCCCGCCGCCGCCUUCCGCACCCUGCGCGACCUGCGCUCCCUGCGCAUCAACAACAACCAGUUCCCCGCCGUGGAGGAGGGCACCUUCGAGCCCCUCACCUCCCUCUCCCACCUGCAGAUCUACAACAACCCCUUCGACUGCAACUGCCGGCUGAUGUGGCUCAAGAACUGGACCGAGAACACCUUGAUCUCCAUCCCGGAGCGGGACUCCAUCCGCUGCGCCGCCCCGGAGCAGCUGCGGGGCCUCCCGCUGGCCCGCGUCCCCUACCUGCAGUGCGCGCCCCCCGCCCUCCGGCUGACCUACCACCCCAACCUGGACCACACCCAGCUUUACUACGGCUUCACCCUGGCCCUGCACUGCCAAGCGGCCGGCGUGCCCCAGCCGGAGGUCAGCUGGAGGAUCCAGGCGUCGGGGGAGACGCUGGAGAUCCCCAGCCCCGGCGAGGAAGGGGAGGGCAACCACCUGCCCCCAGAGGGUGCCCCGGGGGAGCGGUUCCGCGCCUUCGCCAACGGCACCUUGCUGAUCCCCCAUCUCAGCAAGAAGGAGGAAGGCACCUACACGUGUCUGGCCGCCAACGAGGUGGGCCGGAAGCAGACCUCGGUCAACGUGGCCGUGGCCGACGCCCAGAAGGACCCCCUGGGCGACCCCCAAGCCCAGCCCGGGGGCGGGAAGCCCGCGGACGGCAAGCCCUCCAAGAACAGCGUCAUGAAGCCCGAGGAGAGGAGCAAGGGGGUCCCGGCCAAGCCCACCCCCGGGAACUACCACCCGGCCGGCCCCCCGGACGCCGGCGCCCCUUUCCAGCCGCCCCACUUCGAGAAGAAGUGCGGCUCCGGGCAGGCCACCCGCUACGUCUCCAACCACGCCUUCAACCAGAGCGCCGACCUCAAGCCCCACAGCUUCGACCUGGGGGUCAUCGCCCUGGACGUCUCGGAGCGAGAGGCCAAGGUGCAGAUCACGCCCUUCUACACCCAGCCCGAGAAGGCCCACCUGCGGAUGCUCUACCUGUGCGAGGAGCGGCGCCGGGGCCACGCCCUGGUCCAGUGGUCCCAGAUCGAGGAAGGCGUCAACGCCUACUGGUUCCAGGGCCUGAGCCCCGGCACCAACUACUCGGUCUGCAUGACCUACGUCGGGGAGGACUGCCAGGUCCAGGUGGUCUUCACCACCAAGCAGGAGGUCCCCUCCCUCAUCAUCAUCGUGGUGGUCAGCAUCUUCCUCUUGGGCCUGGCCACCGUCCCCUUGGUGGGGGCGACCUGCUGCCACCUCCUCUCCAAGUACCAAGGGAAGACCUACAAGCUCAUCAUGAAGGCCCAGAACCCGGACCAGAUGGAGAAGCACAUGGCCGCCGACUUCGACCCCAGGACUUCCUACCUGGAGCCGGAGGGGAACUACGACCCCAGCGAGGUGGGAGUCGGGGAGGAGGAGGGAGGAGGGCGUGGGCCGGAGGGGGGAGGGCCGCUGGAGAGGGAGGAGAGCGCCGGGGUGGGCUCCCUUCCCGAGGGGGGCUCCCUUCCAGGGUCGCAGUCCAAAACCAACCCGGAGGAAUUCGAGGUGCGCUCCGAGUACAGCGACCGGCUCCCCCUGGGAGCCGAGGCGGUGACCAUCUCCGAAGAGAUCAACGGCAACUACCGGCAGCCGGCUCGCUGAGG